CCUUGAAUCGGUUUUUUUAUGACACCUUCUAAGUCGGUACGAAUAAAAAGUACGCGGUGCUGUUGCACCUAACGCAGUACCUGUUGAUACGUUUUCACGUCAAGGAUCUCGUGUUCGCUGUUCACUGGGAAAAUCUGAAGAGAUGGCACGUUACGCGGAAGAUGUGUACUACGAGUUCGCAAUUAAGUUGACUCAUGAUGCCGCACAAAUACUCAAGGCAGCUAUCAAUGGUGCAAAAAAUGUCGAUGAGAAGCAGGGUAAUUGGGACUUGGUAACAGAAUACGAUAGAAAGAUAGAGGAAGUGGUCAUUGGUCAACUAAAAUCAAAGUUUCCAGGCCACAGAUUUAUCGGUGAAGAAUCGACUGGAAAAGAGCUUCCAGAGUUGACGGAUGAUCCGACGUGGAUCAUUGAUCCAAUCGAUGGUACCACCAACUUUAUUCAUGGUCUCCCUCUCACUUGUGUCGUAAUCGGUUUGGCGAUUAAUAAAGAAAUGGUGAUUGGCAUUGUUUACAACCCUGUUCUUGAACAACUAUUCACAGCGAGGAAGGGUCGCGGCGCGUUUUUAAACAACAAACCUAUAAAGGUCUCUAAUGUUCAAGAUUUGUCGAAAGCUUUGGUCUGCAUGGAAAGUGGUUUCAUAAAAGUGCAUCACAUGAGGGAAAAGACUAUCGAAAGAAUAAGAACAAUCGCUUUAGAAGCUCAAGGCAUUCGCACACUUGGUGUAGCAGCAUUGACAUUGUGUUAUGUCGCAAUGGGAACUGUCGAGGCUUAUUAUAUCGAGGGGCCAGGUAUCUCCACGUGGGAUAUCGCUGCGGCAUCGUUAAUUAUUUUCGAAGCAGGUGGUGUCGUUGUAGAUCGUGAAACAGGUGAAAAAAUUAACAUCAUGCAACCACGUGCAAUUGGAGCAUGCAAUGAGAAGAUUGCCGAUAAAUUGGUCAAACUUAUUCACGAAGCUGACCAAAGAGCAAAAUAAAGAAACUAAUAAGUAAUUUUCAUCAUAAUUAUAACAAGAGUAGUUCCUAUUAGUUAUAUCUGAGCUUUAAUAUAUAGACUAUAAUGUAAUAAUUGGGGGUAUAGAAUAAAAUAUAAGGAACAAAAAUAUUCAGAGAAAAAGUGAUUUCAUAAUAAAAUAUGACCUAAAUAAAAAUUUAUAUUGUUCUUCAAUUGUA